AUGCUGCCGUUGCUGCUCCCGUGUUCGGGCAUUUGGGGCGAACUCCUCUCGUCAACUUCUACUGAUGAAAAGGGCGCCCCCGCUCCUCCUCUCUUCUUGUCCUCGCGUCCCCCCUUUUCAGCGCUGACUCCUCUCAUCCUCAAACUCAGUCCCAGCCUCUCACACUGGAGCGGGCAGGCGUGGAGCGAGUCUGCCCGGGAGCUGGAUGCAUGUGGCUGGGCUCAGAGCAGCGCUGAGGUCCGCGGGUCUGCACCACACUGGACUGAGGAGAGGGUGAUGGUGAGAGGGAGGACGUGGGUUUAG